GAGCCUGACAAAUGCAGCUGAAUAACUCAGACGACAUGCUUGGUCAUCAUGCGCGGAGGGGAAGUAAGACCACAGAGGCUUUCAACAAAAUGGCCACGAUAAGAGUUAUGUUGGGUCUCGGAAUGAAUUUUCGAUUCGUGCAGCGACAAUCUCACUUCAUCAUCUACCAGAACUGAAAAGAUCCACGGCCUCGGAACAUCGAACGACAUGUCCAAUCAAGCAGCAUGGCUCGAUGGAAUUGGCAAGUCUCUGCGCAUCGGCGAAGCGCCCAUGCCAGAGCCCAAGGACGAUGAGAUCCUGAUCAGAAUCCGCGCCACUGCUAUCAAUCCCGUCGACGACAAGCAGGCGAGGGAUGGAUGGGAGGUCAAGACAUGGCCUUAUAUUCUAGGACAAGACGUUGCUGGCGACAUCGCAGCAGUGGGCUCCGAAGUCAAGGACUUCAACAUCGGCGACCGCGUCAUCGCUCACCUUUGGGCCAUCACCACGGGCGAGACUGGCGAAGGAGGGUUCGCCUUGUAUGCCAAGGUGCUCGCACGCAAUGCCGCCCGUCUGCCAGACGACGUGGAUUACACAGACGGCGCGGUCCUUCCACUCGCCCUCGACACUGCCAUCUCAGGCCUGUACGCGCCACAGGGAUUUCUGAAUCUGCCCUUGCCAACGUUCAGGCCCAAGCCGAAUGCUGGUGUGCUCUUGAUCUACGGCGGCUCAUCGAGUGUUGGUCUGAGCACGACACAGCUCGCAGUCGCCAGCGGCAUGCGUGUGAUCGCGACAGCCAGCCCACGUAAUCACGCAAUCAGCAAGAGUGCUGGCGCCCACACAACCCUCGACUACCGCGACCCCGACCUCGUAGAGAAAGUCAUCCGGGCAGUCGGCGACAACGAAUUCGUCGGCAUCUACGACGCCAUCUCCGUGCAAAGCACGUUUGCCCACGAUCUGGCGAUUCUGAAACACUUCGGCGGAGGCAAGCUUGUGACGGUGCUUGAACCGCCCGAGGAUCUUCCGGAUAAUGUGCAGAUACAGUAUGUCUUCGGUCAAGGCAAGGACUUGCUGCACGUGUGGGAUUCCUACAUCAAGGAGGCAGUCGGUAGCAAGAAGUUGAAGUUCCUGCCCGAACCGCUCGUCGUUGGCAAAGGUCUCGAGAGCUUCCAAAAGGGAUUGGAACGUUUCGCGGAAGGCGUCAGUGCGCAGAAGGUGGUGGUUGAAUUGUGAGAUGUAGGAGAGAUAUUGGUCGUCGGAGCGACACAUCCACGUAGCUGCAGUAGUUCAAUCCAUUCGGAUCUUUGAUACAAACCUCUCUCAUCCUGGCGGUUCUUGAUGACACCACUGCGGAGAAGAAUGUCAUUCCAAUGGAGAUUGCGUGGUCAAGCAAGGAUUUACGCCCAUCAGCGUAAGUCCAUGACAAUCAACGACAGGGGGAUCC